AAUUACAUGCAAUCUGGAACGCUUUGGGUCUACGGUGAUUCAGUGGGUCGCCUACUGUACAGAUCUGUCAAGACUCGUCCCUUAUGUCAAUUACUGUAUAAAACGUGCAACACGAGCUACGUGUGGGUCUACCGCAAGGACAACGAAGACCUAUACAUUAACCUGGAAAGAAAUCUUGAUUUUAGACCUGAAAAAGUCAUCGAAACCGUCAUUGAUGUUCUUCGCACGCCGGAAAUGCAGCAAGAGGAAAGCACUUUGCUUUUAAACCUGGUUCUGCAUUUUGUAAGAAGCGUCAAUUUUACCACUUAUCAGAAGCUUAUUGAUGACUUAAUACUGGUUUUGAAGGCCAAAGGACUCCCACAAGGUGAGAGAAUUUUGGAGUAUCCGGCUAAAAUCAUCUGGAAGUCAUCCACCGCCAUUUGCAUGGAAAAGUACGCGACCCGUAGAUUAACCCAUCUUCGAUUCUUCACUAGCCAGCGAGUUGCCCUCUUCAGCGCCUACUCCAUGUCAGCCAUGUGCAAAGCAGGAUUUGACGUCAUAGACGUGUAUCCACUGAGCGAUUCGUAUCCCCAUAAAUGCACAGACCAUGUUCAUUACGACAAUGCCGUUUUUGACAUGAUGGAGACAAUGCUUGAGCAGUACAAAGUACACUACAACAAGAAGCUCGACGAAAAUGAAAAACAUGGUAAAAUAAAACAAUGCAUAAAUACAGAAAACCUCUGACAGCCCAGGUAGAACAGUUGGAAGGCACGUUUGUAAAUAUUAACAGGAGACCGUUUUAGUGAAGUAUAAGUCCACGUUACUGAAUAAAA